AUGGCCCCUCCACGAAGCCGCCAUGCGAAAUCAUCGAGUGUCGGGUCCACGAGCAGCGCGGCCGAUGUCGCAAACGGUAUUGCCACAACUCCAAGCUCCAAAUCCGACCCUUCCACCAUCGUGGCGCGCAAACGACGUCCCUCCCGCCCGACCGUGUCGUCUGAUGGCUCACCUGUCGUGAUCAUCCCCAAACCCUCACCGAGAAGGGAUCUUGACAGCACUUCAAAGUCCAAUCUCUCACAACGCAAAGAAUUUGAGCCAUUGAAACUGGCUGCCACUGUGGUGUUGAGCACCGUCUUGGAGUCAGGGUUACAGAGCGCGGCUUCAAUGGUCGGAGUGGGCGACCUUGCAGCAGUUUCAAGACGGCCCGAUACAUGGAUUGAGAUUCUGGGAUUGCUGGGCUGGAAAAUAACCAAAUUGGGCGUAUAUUGGGUUGGCGACUUUGACGCGUACGAUGUCGCGUCCCUUUCCCUCUUGCUCAACACCCCGCCCGCCAUUCUUUUGGGCCUCUUUUACGAGAUAUCUCCCAUAACGCUGGCGUCUACGACUCUCUCUUCGAUGAUCGGCAAUGCCCUUCCAUACUAUCUACUCCGCCCUUUGGCUCCCUCACACCACCCGAACAGCGCACCAAAAUCCAGCAUUCGAAACCGUCCGAUCCUAACCGAUCCAUACACCACCGUUGCGACAUCUCUUCUUGCGACAGCCAUCUUUGCGGUGCUACUUGAAGCCAGUUUCGCAACUUUCCUCCCCACUUGGCUCGUUGUCUAUUUCACGGGACUGAGGACGCUGGAACCUGCACACUUGGGUCCUGCUGGACUCCCUACGCUCCUGCUUGCCCUGAUUCCGGCUGGGUGGGCGUGCAUGGAGUUCCUCUUCGCGCCAUCGACAGCUGCAGACACGGUUGUGAACGCAGGACCAGCUUUUGAUCCGUCCACUGCAACUUUCUGGGAGCACGCCUACCACAACGCAUGGGGAUGGUAUUCGGCACGUCAGAAGGAGCUGAUUGGUCGCACCGGGUUGUUGACCGGAUUGAUGAUUGCGGAGAUCGUAUUGACACUGUGGGGGACAUUGGCGGGAGUAGAAGUCACAGGGGCGCUGGGCUAUGCUGGCAUUUGGGGUCUGGGGUGUGUGGUUAUAGGAGGUGUAUUGGAUUGGGUCGGAGGGCCAAGUGAUUGA